UUCCUCAGGAGGGGAGCUUUUGCUCGGACACUCAUACAGUACAGUGGAAAGAUCCUCCAUCGAACUUCGAGAUUCCCGAGGCUAAACCAAAUCAAUUACGAAGGUGUGAGCAAAAAAGUGCAACUCGAAGAGAAUCUUCAACUUCUUCUCUGAACCCUUUGAUCAAUUUCAAAUAUUUGAUCGGAAAAUCGGUUCGCACAGUCCGGGAGCUGUUAGCAGAAGCCAUUGCGGGCAGACAUUCAUUGCUCGGCUUCGCCUCUGGAGAUUUGGCGUUUUUCCAGCAUUUCGGCUUCUAAUUUCACCUGGGGAGGGUUUUGAAGAGGAUUUUAAUUUCAGAGAAUGGAGAGUAGCGAAGAGGAAGAUGAUUUCCCGUCUAUUGAGAGCAUCAUUCCGCAGUCCAAGGUUGAUUCUCUCUACCAAUCCCACACUGAGCAGGGGAUUAGAAGGCUGUGCUGUGAGCUCAUGGAUUUAAAGGAUGCUGUGGAGAACUUAUGUGGCAAUAUGCAGACUAAGUAUUUGGCUUUUUUAAGGAUAUCUGAAGAGGCUGUGGAGAUGGAGCAUGAGUUAGUUGAGCUGCAAAAACAUAUUUCAUCCCAAAGGAUUCUAGUGCAAGAUCUAAUGAGUGGUGUAUGCCAUGAGUUAGAACAGUGGAACCAAUCUAAUGAUGGCACUGAUGAAGUCGAGGAUGGUGCAAAAAUUAAUGACUUUCAAGAUUCCUUGUCAAAAGUGGAAGAUGGUCACAAUAUGAUAUUUCUUGAGAAUGUUGAUACCCUUUUAACCGAGCAUAAAGCUGAAGAAGCACUGGAAGCUUUAGAUGCAGAAGAGAGAAAUUCUCCAGAGCUCAAAGCAACUGGGGAGAUUUCAACUGAAUUGUCCUCGUUCAAAUCUGCAUUCUUGAAACGAAAAACAAUGCUUGAGGAACAAUUGAUUGAAAUUGCCGAACAACCUUCUGUAAAUCUUCUUGAGCUUAAAAAGGCCUUAUCUGGUUUAUUAAGACUUGGUAAAGGUUCUUUGGCUCAUCAAUUACUGCUUAAGUCAUUUGGAUCUCGCCUUCAAAGGAGCACCUCAGCUUUUCUUCCUUCGUGUGCUGCUUGUCCGAAGACAUUUUCAGCUACUUUGAGUAAGCUUGUGUUUUCAGCAAUUUCACUGGCAACAAAAGAAUCUGCUUCAAUAUUUGGUGAUGAUCCUAUUUACACAAAUAGAGUUGUUCAAUGGGCUGAAUGGGAAAUUGAAUUUUUUGUACGAUUGGUGAAAGACAAUGCACCAUCUUCUGAGACAGUGUCUGCUCUGCGUGCAGCUAGCAUAUGCAUACAUGCUAGUCUUAAAUACUGUUCAUUGUUGGAAACACAAGGCUUGAAACUGUCAAAAUUACUUUUGGUGCUUUUGCGGUCUUUUAUGGAAGAAGUUUUAGAGUUGAACUUUCGAAGAGCUAGAAGAGCCAUUCUUGACUUGGCUGAACCUGAUGAAAACUUUGUUUUCUCAUCUCGCUUUGCAUCGUCAUUGUCUACAUUUGUGACAUCCUCAGAUAGUCUGCUUGUGGUUAGUGGGAUGAAGUUCAUGCACAUUGUUGAUGAUAUAUUGGAACAGCUGAUGUCAUCGGCCAUUUUUCAUUUUGGAGGCAACGUGUUAAAUAGAAUUUCUCAGUUAUUUGAUAAGUACAUGGAUGCUCUACUCAAAGCACUACCAAGCCCCUCGGAUGAUGAAAAUCUCACAGAGUUAAAAGAGGCCAUACCCUUUAGAGUUGAAACUGAUUCAGAACAGUUAGCAAUUCUGGGUAUAGCAUUUACCAUUAUGGAUGAACUCUUACCAGAUGCUGUGAUUACCAUCUGGAAACGGCAGGAUGAAUUAGACCAGAAGAGUGAAUCAACUGAAACUGUUGUCUAUAAUUCAGGAAGUUCUGUUGAACUGAAGGAUUGGAAGCGCCAUCUUCAACAAUCAUUUGAUAAGCUUAGAGAUCACUUCUGCCGGCAAUAUGUCUUGAGUUUCAUAUAUUCAAGAGAAGGCAAAACAAGAUUAGAUGCGUGGAUUUAUUUAAAUGGGGACGGGGAGGAUCUUCAUUGGGGUUCUGAUCCUCGUCCAUCACUUCCAUUUCAGGCACUAUUUGCAAAACUGCAACAGUUGGCAAUUGUUGCGGGAGAUGUCUUGCUUGGAAAAGAGAAGAUACAAAAGAUUUUGCUUGCUAGGCUAACAGAGACUGUCCUCAUCUGGUUGUCUGAUGAACAAGAGUUUUGGGGCGUCUUUGAAGACGAUUCAGUUAAUCUCCUGCCGAUCGGGUUGCAGCAGUUAAUUCUGGAUAUGCACUUUACUGUUGAAAUUGCACGUUUUGCUGGUUACCCAUCUCGCCACAUCCAUCAGAUUGCAUCUGCUAUCAUUGCUCGUGCUAUCAGGACGUUUGCUGCUAGAGGAAUUGAUCCACAAAGUGCACUCCCUGAGGAUGAAUGGUUUGUUGAAACUGCCAAGUCUGCAAUCAACAGACUCCUACUAGGAGCUGAGGGCUCUGAUGGCUCUGAGAUCGACGACGAUCAUAUUAUUCUACACGACGACGAUGAUUCAGAUGACACUACUUCGUCUCUCUCAACACUAGAAUCUACCGAGUCUUUCGCUUCUGCAAGUAUGGGAGAACUUGAGAGUCCAUCCGAUCUCACCGAUUCGGAGAACUAAUUUCGAAAAGAGGGAGAAGGUUAGCCUUUUUAGCCAUUAUCAACCUUCGCGUUUCCUAUAGAGUCCUUCUGAUCCAGAUUUUGAGCUAUGAGAUUGUAGAUUACAAGGUUUGUAAUAGUGAUAAUUGUAGUUUAGUUCAUGUUUAAUGUUGUGAUUGAUAAACCAGUAAUAUAUUUGUAUGGUGUAUUUAUCAAUGGUCAUAUUUUGCCCAUAUCAAUAGAUAUAUUUUCUCAAA